UCUUCAUCGUUUCUUUCUCCACUACAGUGUGCUAAGGAAGUUUUUGUUUUUGUUCUUCCAAGCAUUUAAGAAGGAAAUGGACGCUUCAAAGUCCUUUGGGAAAAGGCAUAAUGAUGGCUUCCGUAGCCCUUCCUCUGGCAAAGAAUUGAGUGAAGUGUUUUUGAAACGCAGGAAGGUGAAUCGAGCAUUGGUGACAUUCAGGAACUUGUUCGACAAGCUAAUGCAUCAGUACAAAAUGUACGAACCUGGGAAUCCGAAGGUUAAGAAUAAAGCUCUGUUGGAUGCAGCAAUGACAAUGAAAAGUGAACAUCAAUGGGAGAACACUCAAAAGCGCGUGGGACAUGUACUAGGAAUCGAAGUGGGUGAUGUUUUUCAGUACUGGGUGGAACUCAAUGUCAUUGGCCUCCAUAAGCAGUUUUGGCAUGGAAUUGAUUAUAAGAUAAUGGACAACGGCUCGUUGGCCACAAGCAUUGUAGUAACAGAUCGCUAUGAUAAUGCUAGGAAAUCUAAUGGGACAUUGGUUUAUGAAGGUCAUGGAGGAAAUCCUGCUGUUGGGAAAAAUGUUUCACUUCGUGAUCAAAAACUGGAAGGAGGAAAUUUGGCGCUGAAAAAUAGCAUGCAAGCUAGAAGUCCAGUGAGAGUUAUAUUGAAAGUUUGUGGAAAGUUUGAUGGUGCAUUCAGUUCCAGUAGCAGUAAUUCUCAUUACUCAUAUGUUUAUGAUGGUUUGUAUUUGGUGGAUACAAUGAACAUAGAAAGAGGGAGAUAUGGAAAGCUUGUGUUCAAGUUUGGACUGAAUAGGAUUUUGGGACAACCUCCAACUUGUGUUUCCCUUAAGGACCAUGAUGAAAAUUCUAGUCAACUUGCAAGUUUUAGUGCUAGGAAGAAACUCAAACCGAAAGAUUGUGAUGCUGAAAAGGAGGUUGUUCGAGUUGAAGAUCUUUCAAAUGGUAGGGAGAAGUUUGCUAUUAGGGUGGUGGCUCCAAGUGAUUGUGUUCAGCUACCCACAUCCUUUGUUUAUGUUGUAAGUAACAUUUACUCCAAGAAGUUCGAGCAGGCAACUCUUUCUGGCUGUGAUUGUGCUGAUGGGUGUGUUGACAAAGAAAAUUGUGUCUGCUUGAGGAAGAAAAAGGGUAGCAAAAUGCCGAAUGGUUGUAAUAAAAGAAGACUUGCUUCUGGGAUGGAAUCAUCGGUUAUAUAUGAGUGUGGCCCAUCUUGCAAGUGCUUCUCUUCUUGCAUCAACCGAGUAACUCAGCAUGGUAUUCAGUUUCAGCUAGAAAUCUUCAUGACAGAACAGAAAGGUUGGGGUGUUAGAACACGCUCAUUCAUUCCCUGUGGAAGCUUUGUAUGUGAGUAUAUUGGAGAAAUCAAUGACUAUAUGGAGGCUAGAUGGAGGCUAGAUAGUGACUAUAUAUUUCACAUGGGUGUUGGAAAGGUCUUCAUCAAUGCAAGCAAAUUUGGAAAUGUUGGAAGAUUCAUAAAUCAUAGUUGUUCUCCAAAUCUCCGUAUAAAAAAUGUUCAGUAUGAUCACAGUGACAAGAAUCUUCCCCACAAGAUGCUGUUUGCUGUAAAGGACAUUCCUGCUGGUAAAGAGCUGAGUUAUGACUAUAAUUCCUUCAAUGGAAAAUUUAUCAAGUGUAGGAGUAAUAGCUGCUACUGCGGAACACCGGAAUGCAAUGGACGGAUCUACAUUUAAAGGUGGGAAUUUUAAACUGUCUUUAAGUUCUGCUUUUUUUGGCACUGUUGAAGGUAAUAUAGAUAUGCAUAUAUUACAUAUACUGGCACCAUUAUUUCAGAUGUAUAAGGUGGUGCACAGUAUGUCAAGGAUGUAUGUAUGUUUAAUGUUGUGUCAAUAAUAGACAUAAGGGAACUUGGAAAGGAGAAGUCUGGUUGAUGACUUUUUGACAUAAAGUUGUCAUUGAAUCUCCUAUAGUAAUAUUCAUGUUCAAUUUCUUGACACUUACACGUCAUCUUGGAAAAUGUUGUUGAUGAGUUCUGCUCUAUUGGCUGAAACAUGGCUGUCAAAAUCAUGAUUUAGAACACGUCAUCUUGGAAAAUGUUGUUGAUGAGUUCUGCACUAUUGGCUGGAA